UUCACGGGGCGGACGGACGGUGGACCUCGGAGACGCGGUUGGGCAUGCUCGCAUUCACACACUCACACACACAAACAAAACAAAUAAUAUUGUUAAGUUUUUUAUCUUUAUUUCAGGAAUAGGGUCCAUCAAGCCUCCGAGGUGCGUUCAGACCACGCCCUCCAGGUGUGUUCCUGUUGUGAAACCAGGAAUCCUGUCAACAGGUUCUGCUGGAAACUACACCAACAACAACUUUUUUCUAGGAAUUUCAGCUGGAACACUUUUUUUCAGAACCAUCGUGUCUGUCGGCUUCCUGUGAGUCCCCAGCCUAUGUCUCAUGGAAGGUACUCUCCAGAACGCUGAGGACCUCCUCUCUAGUCCCCCUCAGACUCUCCUGAAUGCUGAGGACCUCCUCUCUAGUCCCCCUCAGACUCUCCUGAACGCUGAGGACCUUCUCCCAUGUCCCACUCAGACUCUCCACAACCCUGAGGACCUCCUCUCUAGUCCCCCUCAGACUCUCCUGAACGCUGAGGACCUCCUCUCUAGUCCCCCUCAGACUCUCCUGAACGCUGAGGACCUUCUCCCAUGUCCCACUCAGACUCUCCACAACCCUGAGGACCUCCUCCCAAGUCCCCCUCAGACUCUCCAGAACCCUGAGGACCUUCUCCCAAGUCCCUCUCAGACUCUCCAGAACCCUGAGGACCUCCUCCCAAGUCCCACUCAGACUCUCAAGAAUCAUAAAGACAUUACUCCACGUCACCUGGAGUCUCUACCAAACAAAGAGGACCUUCACUCAAGUUUCGGAGCGAAUGACUCAGGUGUCUCCAAGACCCACCAGGAUAUCCACCCUGGCCUCACAGAACAUCCGUCACCCUCCAAAAAGCCUCACUUGAACCAAAGCCAGCUCAGCCCCGGAGAUGCUGACGCUCCUACCGCUCACCAGGUCCCUCCUUCUCCAGUGGACGGCCUCCCUUCAUGUGAGGCCCCCCCAGGUGGGACAAGACUCUGUGGCUUCCUGCAGAAACAGGGUGGCCCACUGAAGACGUGGAAGUGGCGCUGGUUCACGUAUGAGGGCUCACAGAACCAGCUGUUCUACUACCGCACGCAGCAUGACGUCACGCCAUUAGGCCAAGUGCUGCUCGACAGCGCCACCUUCACCUACCCGCUGCCGGCUGAGUGUGGCACAUUUCACAUUCAGACACCUGAGAGGACUCUGGUACUCAAGGCAGUGACGCAGGACCUGAUGAUGUUCUGGCUUCAGCAGCUUCAGCUGAGGCGCUGGCGACACAGGCAGCCCACCUCCGCCCCAGAAUCUCCAGAUGAAUUCUUGCCCGUCCUUAAGGUCCCACUCGGUUUGGUGGGAGAGGAUACAGAUGUCCCCUCAAAGCGGUCCAGUCUAACCAACCUGUCCAUAAAACACCCAAUCAUUGAGCUCCAGAACUCUGUCCACCACCUACGCCAGAGAUCCUCCCAGGACUGUACCACGGUCCAGGAACAUCAUCCAACCGCUGGGCUCCAGUUUGCAACCUCUUCACUCCCACUGGUGGAUGUGGGUCCAAGGCAGAUGCAGAAAAGUCCAUCAACGACCCAGCAGUACCUGGAGCAGGAGGUCAAGGCCCACAAGGAACUGGUCCAGAUCCUCCACAAGGCUCUGGAAUCUGCUCAGCUAGAAAAGAGGAGCUGUGCUGAGUUCCUGGCUGCUGAGGGCGAGCAGCAGCGUCUCGAGGUCCUCCGGCACCGCGAGAGGCUGCUGGUGGACCUGCAGCAGCGGCUGGAGGAGGCUCAGUCCAAGCUGGAGGAGACACGGGCCCAGCUGGAGGAGACCAGGUGCAGAUUGAGGGACAAGGACAUUCUGGUGGAGAAUCUGCAGAGGGAGAUCCAAAUGCUGAUGGAGAAGAAUGAUUUGAAUCAUGAGGUGAUCCUGAAGCUGUCGGAGAGAGUUCCUGACUCCCUGCCUCCCAACCCUUACGGUCCAGGUCUUCUGGACUCCAGAGUCCUGCAGCAGCUAGAGAACCUGAAGGAUGACCUUGACGCCUACAAAACUCAGAACCAGUUUCUGAACUCUGAGAUUCACCAUCUGAUGCAGCUAUGGAGGCGGAGCUCUGAGCAGGAGAAGGUCCUGAUGGUGAAGUGCUCAUCUCUGGAGGCGGAGCUCUGUCAGCUCGAGGGUCGACACCUGGAGGUCCUCAGAACUCUGCAGAAGCACAGUCUGGACCAAGAGGAGCAGGCCGCAGUUCAGGACAUGAUCAGGAUUGCUCUGAGAGAAGCCAGGGGGCGGGGCCCGACCCACUUAAACAGGGACUAUGACGAGUAUGGAUUCAAAAUCUUGCCAGACUACGAAGUAGAAGACAUGAAGCUUUUGGCAAAGAUCCAGGCGCUGGAGAUCCGAACCCACUACAUCCGGAACCAGAACCAGGACGGCGCUGAGCGCUCCUUGCACAGUCGCUGGGCUCAGUACCUGACUGGAAGAUUGGACCAGGACCUGGUUCCGUCACCAGAACUCAAGUCCCUGCUGCGGGCAGGAGUGCCGCAGGAGUACCGCCCACUGGUGUGGAGGUGGUUGAUCAAGGCCAGGACCAGAAGCAUCAGAGAGCAGCACUCGGACCGCUACCGGCAGCUUUGUGAAAAGACAAGGACCUCCUCCCACCCAGUCCUGAGGCAGAUCCAACUGGACAUCCACAGAACUCUGACCAACAACCGGAACUUCUGCUCACCCUCCAGCCCUGCCCUCCAGCAGCUGCGCCGCGUCUUGUUGGCCUUUUCCUGGCAGAACCCGAGGGUCGGGUACUGUCAAGGUCUCAACAGGCUGGCGGCCUUGGCUCUCCUGGUCCUGCAGAGCGAGGAGGAGGCCUUCUGGUGUCUGGUGGCUGUGGUGGACUGCAUCAUGCCACCCGACUACUACACUCACCAGCUGGUGGCGUCACAGGUAGACCAACGCGUCCUGAAAGAGCUCUUGAUGGAGAAGCUCCCUCGUCUGGGCCUGCACCUGGACCAGCACGGGAUCGACGUGUCACUUGUGACCUUCAACUGGUUCCUGGUGGUCUUUGUGGAGAGUUUGCCAAGUGACAUCCUGCUGCCGCUGUGGGACAGCUUCCUGUACGAGGGGAGCAAGGUCAUGUUCAGGUUCGCUCUCGCACUCUUUAAGUACAAAGAAAACGACUUCCUGAAGAUCAACGACAGCGUGGAGAUCUACCGCUACCUGCGCUUCUUCACCAAGACCAUCUCUGACAGCCGGAAGCUGAGCAAUAUCGCUUUCACGGACAUGAAUCCAUUUCCGGGUCGACAGCUGAGGAACCGUCGAUUGUUCCACCUGGAGCGCCUGAAGGGGGAGCUCCGGGAGCUGGAAGAGCAGCAGCGGGAGUUCCAGACUGAGAGUACCGAGCGGAGAGACAAGGAUCUGGACAACAUGGUGAGCGAGGAUGACGAGGACCUCUGAUCCCUCACAGGCUAUUAGCUUAGCUAUUGUUACAUAGCAAUGGUCACCCAAGCCGCAAGACCACUGAACUGUGGAGAUCAAAGGACGCUGUAAGGAGCUCUGCAGAUAGAGGGCGCUGUGCAAAGUGAAAAGCUUCUGUCUGCUCAGUUUAAGUAGUGAACUUCCACGACAGGUUUCGUGUCAUUUUCUGUUCUACAUCCCUUGAGAAGGUGACAAAGUUUUAUGGUGUCGCACACAUGAUUCUGGAGGCGCACACGUUUCAAGUUUUCUUUAUUGUUUUCCUACAAAACAGUCGACGUAAGAAAUGAUAAAUAUAAAAACAAACCUGGAACUGAAGGAAAGAAGGAAACAAGUUACAAGUUUUAUCGUAAACUCGUGUGUCGACGACAGUCCAGAUGCCUUCUGGCUCAUGAAAAAAGGUCCGACAGUUCUGCUUCUGAUUCAGAGACAAAACGAAAGGUGGUUUAGUUCUCAAGUUAACCGACUUUUUAAAACGUGGAACCGGUCCGUUAGUGUUAACUUGUGUCGCACUCAUUAGACGUUAAUCGCCAGGUUUUAUCCUUGUGUCAUGUGAUCCAACGUUGCCAUGGUAAUACAGCCCAGGCGUGAUAGUGACCAAUCUGUAGCGGGACCUUUGGGAGAUCCAAGUUCAUACAUUGGUCUCUGUGGCCACAUCUGCCAUGGAUGCUGGGAAACGUAUGGUUGCCUGGCAACAAAGCGACAAACAGUCAGAAGUCUCGAACUGGGAUCCGGAGCACGUCGUCGUGGAUCUGAGUCCAUCAGUGUUUGGCCGCCGCUCGUCGCCGGAGAGCCGUGGAAGCGUGAAGACUCAUGACGGCUGACCUCGCCACGUGUGUGUCUUUUUAUUGCCAACCAAUCAGCUGCCGCCUCCACAGGAAGCUCCACCUACUCAGCCUGGAGAUUUUACACAGUGAAGCCAGGCGUCCGUAGCUCUGCACACUGGAAGUCGUCUCUACAACAACAGGUCACGUCCGCCACAGCAGAGGGGUGAAAACAGGGCAGGGCCAGGGUUAGUGCUUUAGAAAACGACAUCACUAUAAAAACAUUUGCAGCGCUUCUGUAUAAAGUGCUUGUUUGUUACGUUUUACAGUUCGUAUUAAAAGUUUCCCUGGAGUCGAACCGUCGUAAACAUGUCACACGUGAAAAUGGACUUGUGGAAUGUCUCUUAUCCUCAAAGAGUCGCUGUGCUGUGGCUCAGACCGAGCUCGUUCCCGGAGCCUGGGAAUGGAAAGGAGUCUCAUCACUAGGUUACACACACACACACCAAAACUUUGUUUGAAAAAAGUGAAAGGAAAGAAACGUUUGGCUGCAUAAGUGAUGCAAAAAAAGAGAAAACAUGCAUGUUUGAUGAGUCAUGUUACCACAUGCAGAUGGUUAUCUAGCUCUGUCAGCCACGGUCGCUGAAAGACAAAGUCAUUAAAAAGCUGCCAGAAUAUGGAGGUAAACUGGAGUGAAAGACAAAAGGAUGAGCCAAAGAGCCAAACUUAUCAUGUGUUUGCUGAUGCUGUCCUUCAGUUUGAGGUCUUCAUUUGCAGUCUUCCAUUUAAAAAACAGAUUUGCCGUUGAUAUAUUUGUUCCUCUCAAAUGAAUGCUCUAUUUUCUAACAAUCUGUCAAUAUCAUUUUGAAAUGUAUAACUGCACAUUAUUUUGUUGCGGUUUACACUUUGAUGUGGGAUGUUAUUUUAAACAUUCCACAACUGUGAGAAAGAUACAAAGAGAUUCCCUAUGGAUGUGAGGUGACUUUUAUUGCUCGUGCUGGUGACAGUCACCACAACACGCUUAGUCAACUGGCGAUGCCAUUCAUUUUACACAAGUAAAUAGAGGCAUUUGUUUGCCUGGAAUCACAGUUCAAAACAAAACGAUAAUCUUUCUCCUGAAACCAGUCUUGUUAUGGACUCACAAACAAUCAUUUUAAUUUUGCAAUUCAUGUUUUUAAUCGAUUGACAGCAUUAGUUUGUAUAAAAACUUUAUUAGUUUGGACAUGCAAACGUCACAAGGCGCUGAAGCGCCGCGGUGAUAUACAAAGAUGGAAAACACAUGGAUGAAAAAAGAGGCAACAUCGACGAUGAAGGUGACGAUGAUGAUCGCUUGGCACCAUCUGUUAGCAUGAAUUGCUUGGCACAUGUGAGCAUCCACUCACUAGCAUACAUCCUUUUAGCAUGACUUUGUGAGCAAAGAUCAGUUGGCAUGCUUUCAUUGGCACACGUCGGUUAACA